CGGUUUUAAUGGUCUUAUAUAAAACCAUCAAAGGAUUAGUAGAGUCGCAGUUGAAUUCAAAAUGGCAGCACUGGCACUUCUCGCUCUCGCACUAUUCGCAGGCUCUGCUUGCUCCGCGCCGCAGGCCGGUCGCAUCGUGGGUGGCAGUCCCACCUCCAUCGACAAGUACCCCUCCAUCGUCCAGGUCGAAAGCCAGGGAGUCUUCACCGGCACCUGGUCGCAAUCCUGCGCCGCCAACAUCUUGACCACCAAAUACGUGCUGUCUGCUGCCCAUUGCUUUGAUGGAAUCUUCUACGACCCUGAGAGACGCCGUAUCCGCGCCGGUACCUCCAACCGCAACACCGGAGGCAUCCUCACCUACGUCGAGGUCGCCUUCAACCACCCCUCGUACGGAGCCAACGGCUUGGACGGUGACGUUUCCGUGGUCCGCCUCACAGAGCCCCUAGUCUACAGCCCCGUCAUACAACAGGCUACCAUCAUCUCUCAAGGUGGAUCCAUCCCUGAUUACAUGCCCGUUAUCCACGCUGGAUGGGGUACGACAGCAUCCGGUGGCUCGCCCUCCAACAUUCUCCUGGACGUGACAAUCUUCACCAUCAACCACCAGCUUUGCGUUGAGCGUUACGCAAACCACCCAAUUCCUAAGACGGUCACAGAAAACAUGAUCUGCGCUGGGAUCUUGGAUGUCGGCGGUAAAGACGCUUGCCAGGGAGACUCCGGUGGUCCCCUGUACUACAACGACCUGCUCAUCGGUAUCGUGUCCUGGGGCGAGGGCUGUGCCCACGCUCACUACCCUGGAGUCAGCGCCCGCAUCGCCUCCUACACCGACUGGAUCGUCGCUACCGCUAUCUAAGAUUGAUAUUAUACGAAAAAUAAAUUAUUAAAUAUUAUUUAAUUUUA